AUGGCUCAACGACGUGAAGGCAAAAGCAGUGAUGAAUCAGCAACCUCAGAAGCCCUGUCUAUUGCACAAAGCGCAAGAAUUUCUCAACGAUUUCUGGCAACAAAUCUUGGCCUUAUGGAAGACAUGGCAAUUCUAAAAAGAUCUCUGAGCUUGAAUACUGUCAUUUCCACCACCUCGUCCUUUAGCAUCCGUUUUCAAAAUGCGCGUUCUCAAACCCACCUGCAAAUGCUCAACCAAAUAGGAGCUGGAUUACAGGGGUCGGUCUUUGAACAGGUUGGCAAGCCCUUGGCUAUGAAAAAGGAAACACCUGGAAACGAAACACGGCGAUCUAACCUCUACCAUGAAUAUACUUUGCACUGUGAUGUUUGGGCUACGUCUCAAAAAUACCACUUCAUCAACAGCGAAGUCCACAUUCCUAAACCUGUCAAGUUUAUCUCCAGGGACGAGAACAGCGCGUUCUGGGAUGAAAUUCUACCAAAAACUCCCCAGGUGUACCGCGUGCGCGGGGACCUUGUCAUGAUGGAACGAAUUCUUCCGUUACCGAAAGUCGUAAGAAAAGCCUUGAUCUCUCAGUUCUGCGCUCCCGAACACAAUCUUGAUAGCACUGGAGUGGAAGCCCUUCUCAAACAGCAUGCGAACAAGCACUGCCUCGCACGAGUUUACCUCGGAAAAGCUAACGGUACCAUUCAUCGCAACACUCCGCUGAGAAACUUUCCUCUUUACCUUGAGCCGAUGGAGCAGAUUGGCAUCGAGACUCUCCCGCUUGCAAACGCAAUGGGCAAGUCUUACGCAACCUUGCACUGGGGCGCUGCCAUCAAUGGAGAUGAUGUGGAGUUUGUGCUUGGUACGUCGGCCACAGAGGCCCAGGGAGGAGACCAUGGGCCGGACUUUAAGCACCGAGCCGUUCAAAUGUACCUCUUGGAUUUCGGACAAUGCGAGGCGGUAGACUUGACCCAAGAUCCCGAUGUUGUUUAUCAAGCUUUCAAGGGAGCCAUGGUGACGGGCGAUAACCAGCGUUUUAUUCCACAUUACUCAAAAAGCCCGGCCCUGUUCAAGAUAUUCCGGCAAGGAUACAUUGAAGCAGGCAAUGUUAUUCUUUCAGACAAGCGACUGAGCAAUAAGUUCAAUCUGGAGGACUUUAUGCAGGAGUACGAGGAGUAUGCCGAGGACUUCCUGUGA